UGUUUUCUAGAGAGAAAAGAAAAACAUCCAGGAGCAGCCUGUUUGGCAGCUGGCCCCGCUUCACCCAGUAAUGAUUGACAAAGCUCUUGGAAAGCAUGUUACGCCUGUCACUUUGAAAUCAACCAUCAAAAGCAACCCUCUCUAUGAUGGGAUCCUUGCCGAUGAUUGUUGGGAGAAAAGGAGACAUAACCCAUCAUGGACAGUCCAAGAUUAUGAUAGGCAUUCCAACACUAGCCUGCCUUACUAUAUAAAGAAUUACAAGGAAGAGACUCUGGAGGUCUUUCACUCCAAUCCCCUGCUCAAGCAGGAAACCUUACGCCGAAACUUUUAGGGACAGAGUGCCAAAACCAAGAGCCGUGCAGAUGCUAGAGCGCCGGAAAUCUGACAACCUGAGGACUGAGCUGGGUGAU